AGUAGCUGGUGUUUGAUUAUAAAUAAAAAGAAAGCGCAGCUCGCCUCAGUUACAGACGACGUCUGCAGUCACCGUGGAUUUUCAUUCAUUUGAAUAAUAAUAAUAAACAGAAAGGAAAUCUUUUUGUAACUUUAAAUUCGUUUGGAACUUAAGCAUUUAUUAAAAAUGAAUAACCGUGCCAAAAAAUGUGGAAUAAGCGCUGAUGUACAAGCCAAAGUGGAUUCAAAGUACGAUGAAGCGUUAGCAUCAGAAGGUCUUCAGUGGAUUCAUGAUGUUUUAGAAAAACAUGGUGACCCUCAAGAAUUUGACGUUUCUGGUAAUCGCGCGAACUUUGAAAGUGUACUCUCUGAUGGAUACCUUCUAGCUAAACUCAUCAGUGUAUUGAACCCUGGUUGUAUCAGCUCGAACAAACUUUCAAAACGACCAACGAUGACGUUUAAGAAAAUGGAAUUGAUAGAAAUGUUCCUUUCAAAGAUAAAAACCUAUGGUGUGCCAGACCACGAGCUAUUUGCAACAAUUGAUCUUACCGAAGCACAAAAUCUUAACCAAGUUGUUGUUUGUUUACAAGGUUUAGGCCGAAAGGCUCGCGCAAACGGAGAAAUCGGUUUUGGACCACAAGAAUCUCAAGCUAAUGUCAGGACCUUCACAGAAGAACAGCUGAAUGCUGGAAAUAGUGUCAUAAGUCUUCAGUAUGGCUCUAACAAAGGAGCAUCACAAGCCGGAAUGAGUUUUGGAAAAAGUCGCAAGAUUCUUGAUUAAAUUUCAUUCAUUCUGUUUUGGUUUGUAAGAUAAAAAAAGCUCAAUUGUACUUAAAAAUGUUUCCGUUCACAGUUCUGUUUGGUCACCGUGUUAUACCAUCGAGAUCCAUAAAAGCAUAUUUGCUAUCUGUAGUAUGAUGACGUCGAUCAAACGCUAACCUUUUUAUACCAGUCUGCUUGGUGUAGAGACUGCAAGGAUUUAAAACUUAAUCCCCUUAAGGAAGCAAUUCAGUCAUCUUGAUUAAAUCUGAAAUAUUGAUUUCAAUCAUUUUGGUAUCCAUUCUCCGCAAUUCCUUCAUUAGUCAAAGAGGACUGACGAAUUACCUUGGUCAAAGUGUCAAGCUUUAUUCAAGAAAAAAAUGACGUCUAACAUUCCUGUUUACUGAAAAUAAAAUUAUUGAAAAAAAAUUGUAA